AUAUAUGGGACACCCGCCUUUGAUAGUUGCUUGUCAACUCAAUCGGAGGUGACCCACAUACUGCCCUUAGCAAAACUGCAGUGUCGCGUUCACUCCAAGUCACGCUCUUGGGCUGAUUCAAUCUAGCGACUGAAUUACUGCAUGUAGUUGCAUCAGGCAGUGUAUUAUAGUGUACACUUAUAAACACAUCGUGGGUCGAGAAGUGGACAGUAGCAGACAAUGGUGGAUAUAUUCGCCUUCAGUCCUACAACUGUGUUGUUGUGUGUGGCCGUGCUAGUUUUGUUAUGGCUGCUAACGCGGCGUCCCUCUGGGCUCCCUCCCGGCCCCCCUCUCCUUCCGUUUGUGGGGAAUGUCCUCUCCAUGGGCUCCGAUCCCCGGAUCACGUUUAAAAGACUCAGGCAACAAUAUGGCGACAUCUUCAGUGUGUACCUGUUCAACAAACCACUCAUCGUCCUCAACGGCUACAGCACUCUGAGAGAAGCCAUUGUCAAGAACGCCGACGUAUUUUCUGAGAGGCCUCACACCACACUAAACGACUUCAUUGCAAGAGGAAAAGGUGUUGCUGGAACAUCUGGAGAACUCUGGCGCGAACAAAGACGAUUCGCCCUCAAUACCCUCAGGGAGUUUGGAGCAGGCAGGAAUAUCAUGGAGGACAAAAUACACGAGGAAAUCUCACAGUUUAUCGAGGCCUUCGAGGCAGAACGAGGGCAAGGGUUUGACUGCAAACGCCUGGUGCACAACGCAGUAUCCAAUGUCAUCUGCUCUACUGUAUUCGGCAAACGGUUUGAAUAUACUGACCCGCUUUUUAUUACAUUUUUAAAAGCCAUGGAACAAAAUUUUGCCAAUGUUGGCGCGGCUGGAGUGUUGAAUGUGCUGCCUAUUGUGCGCUUUCUGCCAGGAGAUCUAUUCAAAUUUAAGGUGACAAUGCAGAAUGUCGAGAAAAUUGAAUCACUGCUCCUUGACCCAAUGAUAGAGGAACACUUGAAGAAUCAUGACGAUGACAAUGUGGACGACUUCAUCCACGCCUACAUCAAGGAAAUGAGACUUCGCAAAGAGAAACAAGAAGAUACGACCUUAGACUUGGAGAACCUGCAAAGGGUUAUAGCAGACCUCUUCGUGGCCGGAACGGAAACCACGGCUACUACCAUACGAUGGACCACGAUCUACUUACUCCACUAUCCGGAAAUACAGGAAAGGUGUUUCCGAGAGAUCCAGGACAAUAUCGGCCAGAGUAGACGCCCCUCAAUGAAGGACAAAACCAAGCUGCCCUACGUGGAGGCAACCAUUAUGGAAGUGUUGAGACGAGCUGAUAUUGCUCCUGUAGCUCUCCCACACGCCGUUCCCCACGAUGUCAAGUUCAGGGGAUACACCUUCCCAAAAGGCGUACAAGUCAUAGCGAUGCUUGAUUCAGUCCUACAAGACCCGGAUGUGUGGGGUGACCCAGACAACUUCCGGCCUGACCGUUUCCUUGACGACAAUGGCAAGGUUGUAAAGAAAGAUGAGUUCAUUCCCUUCUCUCUAGGUCGAAGAGUUUGUCUGGGCGAGUCCAUGGCCCGGAUGGAGUUGUUCCUCUUCCUGACCACCAUGAUCCAGAGGUUCAAGUUUGUCCCGGUGGAUGGUCAGAUGCCUUCUUUGGAUGGAAUCAUGGGUUUAUCGUAUUCUCCAAGACCAUUCGUCAUGAAAGCAAUUCCCCGACUUUAAUUACUUUAUGUGAGUGAACGAGGGAGUUGAUAGAGUAAAGGAGAAAAGAGAAAGGGCGAGAAGAAACUGGAGAGUUUGUUUGAGUGAGUGAGCAUCCUUUCCGUGUUACAAAGAGGUGUUGUUCUAUACUUCAUAACCUUGACCUUUACAUACACAGGGCCAGGCAUCGGCGGCAUUUCAGAAUACCUAAUCAGUUGCUUCCGUAGCCAAGACAGGGUAAACCGGUUAUUGUUUGGGGAUAACAGUUGAUAACCACCAGAGUCAGCCAUGUUUUGUCCAUAACAGACUGGAUCACAUGUCCAGAACU